GCGUGUCCGCGCCGGCUCGCCGUCCCGUACGCUUCCGCGGAGGCGCCCUUCCCCUGCGGAGCUGCGCCGAGCCCCGCCAGCGACCGUCCGACAUGGCUGCAAUGUGGAGAGCUCGCAAUUUCGCCCGCUGCGUCGUCCGCUUCUCCGACCGAGAACUGUACUAGACUGAGCCCGCUGAAAGAGAGGAGGAAGGGACCGACAGGAGACGCUCACGGCUAUAUCACGCAAUGGCAGAGGGUGAAAUCAACUCUGCUGGUACUGUAGAAGUGGAAGAAAAUGAAGAGUCAGGUGAUUCUGACCUUCAGGUGGAGCUCAGCGCCUUCCGGGCACAGUGGAUGUCCGAGCUGAUGCCUCCCGCCGGCUCCAGUGGUGCUAACAGGGGUCCGCUGUCACGCUCCGCGGAUCUGAAACGGAAACAGGAGAUGGCCCGAGAGGAAAAGGCCAGAGAGCUGUUCCUGAAAGCAGUAGAGGAGGAGCAGAAUGGAGCUGUUUAUGAAGCUAUCAAGUACUAUCGAAGAGCAAUGCAGCUUGUGCCUGACAUUGAGUUUAAAAUCAACUACACGCGGUCUCCAGAUCCCGAUGGAGUUGGUGUAAACUACAUGGACGAGAAUGAAAGUGAUGGUGAGGUAGCUGAUCUGCUGACCUAUUUCCAGCAGCAGCUCACUUUGCAGGAUUCAUCUCUGAAGAUCUGUCAACCAGAAACUGAUAUAAGUCAGAUGCACAUUUCAGCUCUGCCGUUGGAGGUUCUGAUGUACAUUUUCCGCUGGGUAGUGUCCAGUGACCUCGACCUCAGGGCACUCGAACAGCUGGCGCUCGUGUGCCGUGGCUUUUACAUUUGUGCCAGGGACCCGGAAAUCUGGCGUUCAGCCUGUUUUCGGGUUUGGGGACGGAACUGCACCAAAACUAAUCCAUUUAACUCCUGGAGAGAGAUGUUUUUGGAGAGGCCCCGUGUGCGGUUUGAUGGUGUCUACAUCAGUAAAACAACUUACAUCCGCCAAGGAGAGGAAUCCCUGGAUGGAUUCUACAGGGCUUGGCACCAGGUGGAAUACUACAGGUACCUGCGCUUCUUCCCUGAUGGACAGGUGAUGAUGCUCACCACACCUGAGGAUCCUCUCAGCAUAGUUCCUCGUUUACGUAGUAGAAACACCAGAAUGGAAUCUGUCCUGCUUGGUCAUUACCGUCUGUCCCAGGACACAGACAAUCAAACCAAAGUUUUUGCUGUCGUUUCCAAGAGGAAAGAUGAAAAACCUGCAGAGUAUCAGAAGAGCCGAUACUUUCGCCGCGGCCCCGUGCAGGACACGGAGCACAGCUUUCACGUGGGGCUCCAGCUCUGCUCCGGGGGACGGCAGCGCUUCAACAAGCUCACCUGGAUCCACCAUUCCUGCCACAUCACCUACAGGUCAAGUGAAGAAACAGUCGUCACGGCAUUUGAAGUCGACAAGAUGUACACACCUCUGUUCUUUGCACGAGUUAAGAGCUACACUGCACUCUCAGAAAAGCCUCUCUAAUGUGAGGAAAUCGGAAGCUUUGCAUUGCAUGAGCAUUCGCAGGCAAAAAAAGAAGUUGAAGCUAUACCCCUUGCAAAAUUCAGUUGACUGUCCCUUGUUUUAUGCUGGAUUAUUAUUUUUUGAUGAAUGUAUAAUGUGAAUUUUUUGGCUUCUCUUGAUUUGAAAAGUUUUAAGAUAAGUUAGUUUUAACUUAAUCAGUAUGCACGCACAAGAACUUCUGGAGUACUUAGCAGGAAAAAGUAAUUUAUAAUUCAUCUGAUUAAUGUUUUUGUCACUACACUGAGUGGUGCCUAUGUGCAUCAGAAUGUUCUGCACAUAAAGUCCACAUCUUUGUGUCCUGAGGAACAGUAAAGUGCAAGAAACGCCAGUAGCUUAUAACUUCUGUCCACUUCAUUCAUACUUUGAUUUUUUUCAUAUUAAGGAUUGACUUUGCUAUAGUCAAAUGAGUGUAACACUGUUAAUAAGUCCAGAGGAGCAUAUAAUAAAGUUUUAUCAACACAA